GCAGUUGUAUUAGUGUAUACGAACCUUUGACAGCUCGUUGUGCUUCUACAUACAUAAAUAAAUAAAUAAAUAUUUGUUGAUAUUUCGGGCUAAACAGUGCUUCAUUUGACACAAAAUUUAGGUACUCAGCACGCGAUAAAGGUAUUUUCUUUAAUUACAGAAGUGUAGUAUUUAAAUAUUUACAUACCAAUUACUUGUUGAAUAAUACUAAAACGAUAAAAAGUAUCACAAGUGUUUGCAUUCUAUCUGCUUAUUAGUAACACAUCAUGUCUCAAUUCGUGGAAUAUAUUGAGCCACUUUGGCGUGGCUUAAAUAUGCGAGAACUGAAGGUCGAUGAAGCCUACAUGGUAGUUAAGUCUCAUUACGAAAAGCCAGCUUAUCUUUACAGUCGUUCGGAGGAAUGUUAUACGUGUUCCUACAGCUAUGUGAAAUCAAUGCAAAAUUUUACGUUUAAAUUAAAUGUCGCAAGAGGUUGGGAAUUUAAAGUGUUUGGCAAAGAUGUGGAGCUGACGACCAACAAUGAUAUGCAAUGCAAUGACACGAUUUGCGACAGUGUUUGCAAAUUGUAUUCGCCCGCGACAAUGCUGCAAGAGUUUGGAGUCUAUAAUUUUACGCUACGAGCAAAUGGUAGCUGCGAGCUUAUAACAGACAAGACAGGCGUUAAUGUGAAUUUGUCGCUCGCAUCGCUGUUUCUUUUAGUCACUAUGUUGUUGACGGUUAUACGCACAUCCUGGUGUGUCUGGCGUUCGUACACCUUCAUCCCGGAGCAGGAAGCUGGCGCCAAUGUUAUACCUGAGCAGCCGAGUAAUCGAAUGCGUAGCCUAGAUGCUUUUCGAGGGUAUAUCAUGGCCAUAGUAUUGAUGAUAUUUGUCAAUAGCGGUGGUGGUGGUUAUUGGUGGAUCGAACAUGCACCAUGGAAUGGUCUGCACUUGGCUGAUGUAGUUUUCCCCUCAUUCCUUUGGAUAAUGGGAGUUUGUAUACCGAUUUCGGUGAAGUCACAAGUGGCUCGAGGUACGCCAAAGGCUAGCAUAUGUAGGCGAAUUGUUUGGCGUUCGUUUAAGUUAUUCGUCAUAGGCAUAUGCCUCAACUCCAUAAAUGGUCCACAAAUGAAAGAUCUACGCAUAAUGGGCGUGCUACAACGUUUUGCUGUUGCCUAUCUUUUUUGCGGCUUGGUUCACACUCUAUUUGUUCAAAAGGAGUUCCUAAUGCCGCAGAUCGCUUGGAAACGUGCUUUGUGUGAUGUUCUUUUAUUGCGAGCAGAAUUUUUAGUCAUGACCUCGCUCAUUGCGAUUUAUUUGGGUCUGAUAUUUGGGCUUCCCGUACCUAACUGUCCCACCGGUUACUUGGGUCCUGGCGGCAAACACGCUCUGGCAAAUUAUCCCAAUUGCACGGGUGGCGCCACUGGCUAUAUUGAUCGUCUGAUUUUAGGCAAUUCACACAUCUAUCAGCAUCCGACAGCAAAGUAUGUGUACGGCGCUCAGGCAUUUGAUCCGGAAGGAGUUUUUGGUUGCCUUUUGACUGUGGCUCAGACCUUUUUAGGCGUGCUCGCUGGCGUUAUUAUAUUGGUUCAUACUAACUGGAGCGCACGUAUUAAACGUUGGCUCUACUGGUCUAUUGGAUUAGCUCUGCUGGGUGGCACACUUUGUUUUUUCUCCAUAGAAGAAGGUCCUAUACCAAUUAAUAAAAACCUCUGGUCUCUUUCUUUUGUUUUGGUCACCUCUGGAUUGGCCUUCUUUGUGCUCAGCUUACUCUAUUUCGUUAUUGAUGUGCAACGUUGGUGGACUGGCUAUCCAUUCGUGCAGUCCGGCAAGAAUGCCAUUAUAAUGUAUGUGGGUCACACCGUGAUGCAUAAAAUGUUGCCGUGGCAUUGGCGCAUUGGACCAAUGAAUACUCAUUUUGUGCUCUUGCUUGAAUCCACAUGGAAUACUUUGCUUUGGGUUGCUAUUGCAUUGUAUUUAGAUUCGAUAAAAUUUUACUACAGCUUAUAAAAGAACAAAACUUAAAAAAAAAGAAUAGUGCAAUGUGAGAGCAAUAGUUUGAGGUAUUUUAAAUUUAAGAAUUCCCGAAAAUGUUGUAAUAUAUAUGUAUAAUACAAUCAAAAAAGAAAUGCAUAAUUUUACAUAGUCAUAUACUAUAUAGUUAGAUAAGAUUGUAACAGUAAAUUUACCUUAAAUUUAUAUCUACACAUAUUUAACGCUUAUAUAUUUUGUAAUACAAACUCGUAUUUUUAAUCAAAGGGAUUUAUCCCUCCAGUAUUGGUUUGAAUAAAUAUUUUGUAUACUUGAUUGGGCGCUAUUUAAGAAAUACAUGAGUACUUACUGCAAAAAAAAAUCUGUGGUGGUCAGCGAAUUAUCUGAGUGGUCGAUAUUCGUCAGUAAUCUUUAGAGACAAAACUAGCAACCCUAGGAAAAUUAAACCCUUUUGGAUUACUACAUAUCAAAGCUACCUCAGCCAACAGAGGGAGUCUCUAUUGUCUACUAUGCUGACGACUGCUUGACAAUGGCGUCCGGGAAUGUAAUUGAUGACUUGUACUCGAAAGUAAACGGUUACUUCUCCAAACUUUCCCACUUCUUCACUGCAAGGAACUACCUGGACGUAGGAGAUCAGAUGAGAGCUGGGAAUUCACGCCGACGAAGAAAAAAUUCCGACGGCGAAUAACCCAAAAAUUCUCGGAGUUACCUUCGAUAGUCUGCUCUCCUUCUCGACAAAUACAACUGCAAUUGUCAACAAAGCCCAACAAGGUCCCCAAGUCGCUAGCCAGCAGCACAUGGGGGCAAAGAAAAUGAAACGUUGUUGGCAACCAGUAAAGGAGCAUAGCACGAUGCUCAGCAAUCAGUUCUUAGUAGGGUGUCACAGACGCGGGCACCCGAACAUACACUUGCUUGCAGGUUCAUAAACUAACCUCUGCACCCGACAGCAUACCGACAGGCCAAACCAGCGCAUUUACAGUGAGUCGGUUUCGAUUUACACCAACUCCCGACCUAUGAUUGCCGUUUUGGGAAUACAGCCACCCGACGUAGACGAGACAGAGCUUUGUCCGCCUCGGAAGACUCACACCACCAUAGCCCAAUUAUGCUCUGGCUAAUGCAGCAAGC